AUGGCCUCCCUCUCAACCCCAUCCUCGACUCCCUCGCGCCACGAAAACGACCUCUCACAACAAGCCACCAAAGAAGACGAAAACCGCGUCACCAGUCUCGCAGCCCACGUAACCCAAUCAUGGGUCGAACACCCCUCCAAUCCGCUCCUCGAAUUCGGCUUCGUCGCCGUCCUCUCCAUGUCGCAGCUCAUGACCCAAGCCUGUCUGGCGCAAGUUAUCGCGCCCCUACAUAUCAUUGGUGAUAGCUUCGGCACGCAGAAUCCAGGACAAUUGAGCUGGUUUCCGGCCGCUUAUUCGCUUACGGUUGGGACUUUCAUAUUGCCUGCUGGCAGGUUAGGAGAUUUAUAUGGACAUAAACGGUUAUUCGUGGCAGGCUUCCUCUGGUGGGGGUUGUGGAGUUUGAUUGCUGGGUUUUCUGUGUAUUCGGGACCGAUAUUGAUGGAUGUUUGUCGUGCGUUCCAGGGAAUUGGUCCGGCUUUCUGCCUGCCGAAUGCUAUUGCGAUUCUGGGACGAACUUAUAGACCGGGUGUGAGGAAGCAGAUGAUGUUCAGUGCAUUUGGUGCUACGGCUCCUACUGGUUUUGUUAUUGGGGCCGUUUUCUCUUCGCUUCUGGCUCAAUUUGCCUGGUGGCCUUGGGCGUUUUGGAUUACUGCUAUUGUUUGUGUUAUUUUGGCGGUUCUGGGCCUUAUCCUGAUUCCAGCGACACCACCGCCAUAUCUGGAUAGCACGGAGACGACUUGGGAUCGGACAGACGCCUUAGGAGCAUUGACUGGCGUCUCUGGUUUGGUUCUUUUCAACUUUGCUUGGAAUCAGGCGCCAGUUGUCGGAUGGCAGAAUCCUUAUACGUAUAUUCUCCUUAUUGUCGGUCUCGCUGUCCUAGGGAUUUUCGGAUAUGUCGAAUUGAAAGUCAGCAAGUUUCCUCUUGUACCUAUCAGAGAAAUGUCGGUCGAUUCGUCGUUCAUUCUUGGUUGUGUCGCUUUAGGAUGGUCUGGCUACAGUGUGUGGACAUACUACUUCUGGCAAUUUUUGGAAGAGUUGAGAGGUGUCAGUCCGCUUCUUGCGAGCGCGCAAUUUGUCCCAGUCAUCUUCAGUGGUUUGGCUGCAGCUGUCACUACAGGUUUUAUCAUUCAUAAAGUACCUGGAAGUGUGACGAUGGGUAUUGCGAUGGUGGCAUUCACGGUUGGUCUGAUCUUGUUGGCCACAGCACCCGUGGACCAAUCUUACUGGGCACAGACCUUCGUCGCAUUGAUCGUGAUGCCUUGGGGAAUGGACAUGUCUUUCCCAGCCGCCAAUCUUCUUCUCAGCAACAAGAUGCCCAAGGAACAACAAGGCGUAUCAGCUUCGCUUGUCAACACCAUCAUUAAUUAUUCUAUCUCUCUGGUACUUGGAAUUGCAGGUACCGUUGAAGGCCAAGUUAAUCGUGGAGGAACGACCCAAGACGACUUGCUGCUUGGAUAUCGUGGUGCAUGGUAUCUAGGAAUUGGGAUGUGUAGUAUGGGUAUCCUUCUUUGUGUUGCGUUUGCGUUCUCUGAGAGGAAGCAAGCGAAGGCAGACGCACCGGAUGCUCAGCCUUGA